AUGAGGAUUUACCGCCAAAGAUGCAGGGAUAAAAAGAAGACGGGGCUAAACACGCAAGAAGCACAGAUAAACGAAAGCAAGCAGCAGGAGCAUUGGAGAAACGCAAAACGCAUUCAGCGAGCUCUGUGGCCAGAAGAAAAACGAAGCAAGGUUAAUGAGCAGCGAAGAAAUAUAAGAAGACAGGAAAGGGAAGAGUUACUGCAGUACAGAAGGAAUAUGCUACAGGAUAGGAUGCAAAAGGCUGCAAAUGAAAAGCUGCAAAAAGAAAAAGAAAAACAGGAAAAAGCAGCAGAAAACGAACUAAAAGAACAAGAAAAACACAUGGAUGAAGAUGAUGAGGCAGAAUACCUUGCUUCCGAAUCAACACGAAGGUCACGAACAGCAAGACGGCAAUCUGCUCACAGGGCAAGAAAGGCUGUAUCCAAGUCACCGUCGCAGUUUGCAGCAACUGUUUAUGACUUAUUGAAAGGUGCAUCACCACGAAAGCAGCAAGCUCUGAAGCAAAUGGGUGUUACCUUCACACCCAGUAACAUUGACAGCAUAGUGGUGACAAAUCUCGCGAAAAAGUUGAAGACAGACAACAAAAAACGAUCCAAAGAAAUAAGAGCUUCAAGGCAACUACUGGCAUCAACUUUGGCAGUUUUAAAGAAGUAUAAAAAACAAGAAUAUGCAGUCAGACGGUUCGGGAUCUCUCGGAAAAUGAUGAGGAUGAACAGACCUGAAAACUACCGAAAUGGAAAAGAACUCUGUACAGACACAGUAAAAAUUGUUCACAAGUUCUACCAGGAGAAUUCAGCUGAAGUGGCUGACAAAAAGGCAGUGAGUAAAAAGAAGCUUCUGAAGACACGCAUCCUUCAAAGACCAAUCGCGACGUUGUUCAAUGAAUUCAAGAAGACCUUUCCAGACAUACAGAUUGGCAAGUCAUCAUUCUUUAAACUGAGACCAAAACACAUCAAGUCAUCCACAACAAACAAGCUUCGAGGUUGCUUGUGUGAGUACUGCACCAACUUCAACCUGAAACUUCAAGCAGUUAACAACCUCUGCACUGCUUACAGUAAGCAAGCAUGUCGUAUCCAUGACAUGUUCACCGCCAGUGACAUGACACUGUGCCCAAAACAACCUGGCAAAAGAUUCCAUGAGCUGAAGUGCAUAGACAGGAGAUGCAAUAAGUGUGGUGUGCAGGCUGUAUCGCAACAUCUGCAUCCGCUGUUGGAGGCUGCUGAGGGCAAAGUAGUGAAGUGGAGCAAAUGGCAAAGAAUGAAAGAAACAAUCACAAAAGCAGGUAAAGAAAAGGAAGUUACUAAAGUACUGAAUGUCGCACAAGAGGGAGCAGUUAACGUUCUCAUCAAUGAACUGAUUGAUGAAUUGCAAAGCUUUUCUAUGCACCUCUUUAACUGGGCAUGGCAGCAUGAUCAGUACAACAUGAUUUUCAACAAUCCACCGGAAGGGCAUGUAGUGAUGAUCCUCGACUUUGCUGAAAAUUAUACUUGUAUGCAACAAGAUGAAGUGCAGUCCAGCCAUUGGACACAUGAUCAAGAAACAAUUCAUCCUGUGGUUGCAUCGUAUCAGUGUCCCAAGUGCACAGGAGAAAGUGUUCAUACCAUUCUGCACUCCCUCAUAUUCAUUUCAGAUGAUAGAAAACACGACCACAAUGCUGUGCACCAGUUCUACACAGAAUCUGUUAAGUUUCUGAGCAAAAGCAUCCAAAUUUCGAAGGUUAUACGUUUCUCGGAUGGGUGUGGCUCACAAUACAAGUCAAAGGGCCCAUUCCAAGACGUUGCGAAUUCCGGCUCCGAGCUUGAGCACCACUUUUUUUUUUCAGAUGAGAAGUUCCCAAGAAAGCAGUCAGAGGAACAAGAAAACUUCACUGUGUGA